CUCGCUCGUACAGACACCCACACGCAGUCCGCCGCUACAGCGCUAGCCCUCCACUCUAAACUGCUGAGAGGCCAGGGAGUGCAGCUGGUGUUAACCACCUCCCAAAACGCUGCUAGCUACCUCUGCCCUAUGCGCAGUCAUUGCCGCAACGCUACUAUUUACAUUUGACAUUUUAGUCAUUUAGCAGACGCUCUUAUCCAGAGCGACUUACAGGUGCAAUUAGUGUUGUGUCUUGCUCAAGGGUAUAUCGACAGAUCUUUCACCUAGUCUACUAUCAUGACGGUAACACAGCAUUGUCAUGACUGUGACACCUCAGUCUUUUUCAAAACACUAAAUGUGCAGAAUACAACAGGUGUAGAUCUUACAGUGAAAUGCAUACUUACAAGCCCUUAACCAACAAUACAGUUUUAAGAAAGAAUACAAAAAAUAUAUAUACUAUAUAAAAUAAUACAAAAUAAAAGUAACAUAAUUAAAGAGCAGCAGUAAAAAUAACAAUAGUGAGGCUAUAUACAGGGGGUACCGGUACCGAGUCAAUAUGCGGGGGCACCGGUUAGUCGAGGUAAUUGGGGUAAUAUGUACAUGUAGGUAGUAAUAAUAAUAUGCCAUUUAGCAGACGCUGACGAUGUGUGCAUACAUUUUUACGUAUGUGUGGUCCCGGAGAUCGAACCCACUACCCUGGCGUUACAAGCGCCAUGCUCUACCAAUUGAGCUACAGAGGACCACAAGUUAUUAAAGUGACUAUGCGUAGAUAAUAAACAGAGAGUAGCAGCAGUGUAAAAGAGGGGUGGGGGGGCAAUGCAAAUAGUCUGGGUAGCCAUUUGAUUAGAUGUUCAGGAGUCUUAUGGCUUGGGGGUAGAAGCUGUUAAGAAGCCUUUUGGACCUAGACUUUGCGCUCCGGUACCGCUUGCCAUGUGGUAGCAGAGAGAACAGUCUAUGACUAGGGUGGCUGGAGUCUUUGGCAAUUUUUAGGGCCUUCGUCUGACACCCCUUGGUAUAGAGGUCCUGGAUGGCAGGAAGCUUGGCCCCGGUGAUGUACUGGGCCGUACGCACUACCCUCAGUAGUGCCUUGCGGUCGGAGGCCGAGCAGUUGCCAUACCAGGCAGUGAUGCAACCAGUCAGGAUGCUCUCAAUGGUGCAGCUGUAUAACCUUUUGAGGAUCUGAGGACCCAUGCCAAAUCUUUUCAGUCUCCUUAGGGGGAAUAGGUUUUGUCGUGCCCUCUUCACGACUGUCUUGAUGUGUUUGGACCAUGUUAGUUUGUUGGUGAUGUGGACACCAAGGAACUUGAAGCUCUCAACCUGCUCCACUACAGCCCCGUUGAUGAGAAUGGGGGCGUGCUUGGUCCUCUUCUUUUUCCUGUAGUCCACAAUCAUCUCCUUUGUCUUGAUCACGUUGAGGGAGAGGUUGUUGUCCUGGCACCACACUGCCAAGUCUCUGACCACCUCCCUAUAGGCUGUCUCAUCGUUGUCGGUGAUCAGGCCUACCACUGUUGUGUCAUCGGUAAACUUAAUGAUGGUGUUGGAGUCGUGCCUGGCCAUGCAGUCAUGAGUGAACAGGGAGUACAGGAGGGGACUGAGCACGCACCCCUGAGGGGCCCCCAUGUUUUGAAAUGAAUGCAUAAAACGUAUCCAAAUUAUAUUAAGUGUUCUAUAAGGCAGAUUUUUGUCUCGCCUAGGGUGGCAGAAUGUCUUCACCCCUCUGCACCUGGCCAGGAGACAAUCCUUCUCUUUAACACAUCUCACUAGAAGAACCAACCUGUCUGAAACCUAAUUCCUAAUAAAUCAAACAAACUCUUCAGUUCCGACAGACCAAGCAGCAGCAGAUACCAGCAGCAUCUCCCCUUCUCAUGCUCAACCACCCUGAGAAGCUAUAGCUGCAGUCACAUUUAUUACUGUUAAAAAACUUAAUAUUUUUCUCUGUUCAAGGUUAGAAUUGUAAAUGAAAGCAUCAGGGUGCUGUAGUAAGUGGGUUUUAUACACAAAACACACACUUGUAAAAACCUCAUGUGAAAUUCUCGCUCGAAACACUUAAUCUCAAGAGCUCCUCAUAAAUCCACAGCGAUGUGCCUUUAUCAACAUGGCACUCGCAUGAAGAGGCCUAUACAUGAGGUGCCGAUGAGGACAAUGGGGACUGAGUGGCUACAUACACCUCUUCCACUGUACACCUCUCAGCCAGCAUUGGUUGGCUUGCUUCUUCCCUCCUAGGGCUGAAGCAUUGCUGUACUGUUACAUUUUUUGUUGUUGAAUGCAUUCAAGUUGAUGUUUUAUUUCUUUGUUCAUUCUGCUCAAGCUGAAUUUAAUUACAUGUUGUAUCACUGCUCUCCCCUCUGUCAGCGCACCACCAUUCUCCCCUGUGCCAGGGCUUCUCAGGGUGGUUGAGCAUGAGAAGGGGAGAUGCUGCUGGUAUCUGCUGCUGCUUGGUCUGUCUGAACUGAAGAGUUUGUUUGAUUUACUAGGAAAUAGGUUUCAUCAGACAUGUUGGUUCUUCUAGUGAAAUGUGUUAAAGAGAAGGAUUGUCUCCUGGCCAGGUGCAGACUGGGCCGGCCCUGGACGUUCUGCCACCCUAGGCGAGACAAAAAUCUGCCUUUAUAGAAAGCGUAAUAUAAUUUGGAUACGUUUUAUGCAUUUAUUUCAAAAUAUAAAGCAAACAAUAGAUAUCCUUUUUGCCUUUUUCUUUAACAAAGGGUAUGUGAUACCCUCACUCAAUUCGAGCCCUGGUUUUAACCAAACACACCAAGCCCUUCCCAGGCACAGAGGUAUUUAAUCAGUGCACGCGACAGUAUUGGGAGUAUUUGGCUUUACCGACAUCUAUGGAUAACAUAAUUGUGUCUGUCAAACAGGUAGGCUUACCACUUAUUUUUUGGAAUAGGAAGAAAUAGGUGAAACAUGGUGAAUUUGAUUGUCCAACAUCAGUUUCAGCAUUUAUUUAUUUAGUCUCCGCCUAGAGUGGCCUCUUUCCUCUGCAGUCAGCCAUGUUUUCUCUCGGUAGCUGUCCAUGGUCCUGAAAUCAAAUAAUCUGAGAGGGGGAGAGAGAGAGAGUGAGUGAGCGAGAUUAGGAUGCAGUCUAUUUAAAUCUAAAAAAUACAAAGUAAACAGGUGAUAGAUAAUUGAGUAAUCUUAUAAAUUAAUGCGAGUGUAUGAUCAACGCUUACCUUUUAUUCAAAGACAAGUUGACUCGCCUGGCCUUUCUGGCAGCAAAAGCAUGUACUGCUUGUUGGAGGUUGAUUUUUGUAAGACAACUCGUGCUCAAUUGAUAUGGUGGCGAGUCCAUUGAGUCCCUCUUGACUCAAAGUAGAGCACAGGUUGUUUUUGAUGAGUUUGAGCUUGGAGAAUGUGCGCUCUCCACUUGCCACUGUCAUCAGGAGUGUGAGAAGAACUCUCAGGGCAACAAAGCCAUUGGGAUACAAGGAGGCCAUUUGGUGUCUGGAUAUGUACUCCAGUGCGUCAAGUGGUUUUGCCUCACUGUCCAGUCUCCUGCUCAAGACUUUGAGCUCAUUACACAGCUCAAUGUCCCUGGAAUCCCCAUACGUAAGGGCCCUCUCCAGUGUUGCACAGUCCCUGGUAAGCGCUGCAGUGUCCAUGUCCUUGAUGGUGGGGAUGUUGUACAGGAUGCUGAAAACACUGCUGUGCUCUUCGAGCUGCGUAAAGCGCUCGUUGACGGACUAGAUAGCAGAAUCAAGAAUCUGAUUAAAGCAAUGUGCUUUGAAUUUCUGCUGAGGGUCAGUCACAGGCUCAUCCUCUCCCUCGUAGCCAAACAGACUCCUCUUCUUCCUGGGACGGACUGUGGGCUGCACUGGGAAACAGGGCUCAAUACCCAUCUCCUCUGCCAACUCUUUUGCGCUUGCUAAAGCGAAAGCUGCAUCGGAGCGGUAGUCAUGGAGGAAUACCCUGGUUGAGUUCAGUUGAGCCAUUGCUAGUGAAAUAUUAAAACUCACCGCCUGCAAACUCUUACUGGUGAUGUUCACUUCGAACAAGAUGUCAUGCCAAAUCACCACUGUGCGCACAUGAAGCCAAAGUUGUUCAUCUUGUGGGCAAUGCUGUUUGCCUCCAACCUUGUAUAAAUGUAUACAUUUCUUGGAUGGUGUUAAAAAACUCAGCUGCCUCCAAACAACACGAUGCUGCAUCAGAGAGAACCAGGUUCAGCGAGUGCACGCUGCAUGGCACAAAAAAGGCCCUCGGAUUGAUAUCCUGCACUCUUUUGAACUCUGCUGUACCUCCCCCGCAUAUUCGCCCCGUUGUCAUACCCCUGCCCUCUCAUGUCCAUGAUGGCGAUUCCAUGUUUCUGUAGUUUUGAGAUGAGCAACUCGGUCAUGCCCACCCCCAUUGCGUCAAGCAGUUCACUAAACUCCAGGAAGUGCUCUCUUGUGCGCACUGACCCAUCAUCAUCGGUUGAAACAAAAUGCACCACCAUGGUCAUCUGCUCUGUUUUGCUCUUGUCUGGUGUGCAGUCCAAUUAUAUAAAAAUAUUUGGCUGCUUUUAGAUCACUGUCUGCUGGAUCUCUUGUGCCAGCAUAUCAAUAAUUUCGUUCUGGAUUAUUUUACCGAGGUAGUGCACAUGUGUUUCUUUGGACUGUACUCUCCUUACAUGCUCCUUCAGGAUUCCAUCAAAGAUACCCAGUAUUUCCACAAACUUAAGAAAGUUCCCAUUAUUUGGCUCGUUCAGCCUAUCGGUGGUCCCACGUAACGCAAUAUUCUGGGUGACCAUUACGCGUAUCAGGGCUAUGAGCCUCUGCAGCACCUGCUGCCAGUGGAGAGUCUCUCCGUCAAUAGCCUGUUGGGCUUGGGUAUCGAUAAUUUACUUGGACACCAGCCUGAUCUCCAGCUCCUUCCACCUUUGGAAACUAUCUAGGUGGUCAUGCGACUUCUCAUGCGAGCUGAAGAGGUGGCACAGAUUCUUCCAGUCCCUGUUUCCAUCCCUGACCAGUGCAGAUUUGCAUUCGUGUGAAAAAGGUUUGCAGCAAAAACAGAAGGCUGCAUCGUUUUGCUCAGAAUAGACAAGCCAUGGUCUCUCCACUCUCUCCCCGUUCGCCAUCCUCCUAUUGUAGUGGGCCACCGAAAACUUUUGUUGCCCCUCAUCUCUUGGGAAAUUCCCCUCUUUAUCCUGAUGUGGCCCAGUCUGCACUAACAUAUCCCGUAAAGAUCCAUUCAUAUAUUUUGGCCACUCACUGGGAUAUUUUAUGUUUUUUGUCUGGGAGUUGGAUUUAGCAGCAGCACCACCACUGUCAUCGGGGACGGGGAGCGACGAAUCUGAGUCCGGGUCCAAGAUGGUAGGGUCUUCGCCGGCAUUGUUUGGAGGUGUGGCUAGGCCUGGUGCAACCACCUAUUCUUGUCCAGCCAGAGAGCUGUCAUCAUCAGUGGAAGUACAUGGCUCGGACAUCUCCGGUUUGCCCUCUCCGCUGCUAGAAUCAGCGAAUGGGGGCUUGUUGUUCUCGGCGAAUGAAUGGCCUGUCCUCAGAGGCUUGUCAUUCUCCACACCGGCUGAUGGACAUUGCUGCACGCUGAUAAAUUUCAGCAGCGAAUUUCUUUGGGUUAGAGACUGCUUCUUUUCUCAUUCAUUAUUAUAAUUUUUUAAUAUAUUCACUUCCUGAUAGUUUCGGUCUCUUAGACAUGGUAGCAAAUUGUUUCAAAUCUCUAUAGCUUACUUGUAGGUAAAAUUAUAUCCACUAGUAGUAGCUAGCUAACAUUAACAUGCUAGUUUAGGCUACUGCCUUAAUCACUAAUCGUCUUCGUCAUACACAAACAUAAAUAAAUAAAUAAAUCAUUUAAUUGGCAAAUUCAUUUUUAUUAAUGUUUCACAAUUGGAUAAUUCCAUAUAAACACAUACAUCACCAUAGCUACCAAAGAUAGUGGGAGUGAACUUUGGGAGAAGCGGGAAUGGGGUGAGGGCGGGAACUGCAGCAACGCUAUGAGCCGGUGGCUGGGGUGCCGUCGGCGGUGUAGCAGCCGAUCAGGGGCGCCGGAGGGCGGCAGCCAAUUGUCAAAAUGCCGCCCCAAAUUCAAUUGCCGUCAUAGGCAGCUGCCUAAUCUUGCCUAAUGGGAGGGCCGGCCCUGGGUGCAGACAUGUGUAGUGUGUUAGAGAGAUUAGUGUCUCUGCUCCCGUGGGCAGACAUUCAGGUGAAAUAGGGACGUGUGUGUGUGGAGGAGUUAGUGCUCAUACAGGUGUGUGUCUGAGGUUGCUGAUUUGAAAGGGCAGGAUUAGGGGAUUACCAGUCUGCUACAUUACCUGAAGGCUUCAGGGGUGCAGCAGUGCAGCAGAGUGUAUGUGCAUGCGUGUCUGGUGUGCGCGUGGUGUGUGUGUGUGUGGGGGGGGCUGCUGCAUGGUUACCUGAGAGCUUCUGACAGACUGGCUGAUAAGAUAACACAUGACUGUGAACGUGUGUGGUCUGACUGGGUUUACAAUACUGUGUGUUCAAGUGAGAACAGGUCCUGGCUUGGAGGUGGUUGCUUAAUGGGUUAUCUAGGUAUAAAUAUUUAUUAGGUUAUAUGUAUUAUGUGAUGUAUGUACGUACUUAGUUACUGUAUAUGAUAAGAUUUCCUUUUCUACACUAUCAAUUGGGUAUUACUUAUGUAUGACUGUGUUGCUAAGAGAUUAAUUAUAUUCAUUAUAUUUACGUUGACACAUAUUAUCUUAACACAACACAAAGUUUUAUGAUGUAUUUAUAGAACUACAUUUCAUGAAAAUGGUCACAGUACAUGCACCUGCAGUGAAAUGGGAAUGAAUUCUAAACAGUUAGCCAUAGUGGUAUAGUGUGUUUAAAACCACAGCUGAUCCAUGAGCCAGAGGUUGUGUAGUGCUUCUAUCCUGGGCAGGUGUUUUUAUGUGGUAGAUGUAGAGGGAGCAUCAACACCUAUAGCUAGCGCACCUCCAUGGCCCUCCAAGCCUCACUGUAUCACUCAUCUCCCUCUCUCUUAAAGGGACCUCCCGGCUCCCAGCCGUCACCCCACGCACAGCCACCCCCACACAACCCCAACAACCCCAUGAUGGGACCUCACGGCCAGGUAAGACACACUCACACACACCCUUCUCUCUCACACACACCCUUCUCUCUCACACACACCCUUCUCUCUCACACACACUCUGCUUUGCCCACUCUCCCUCACCUCUUGCUGCACAGGCAGGCACUCCCUCUUUCACUUUCUCAAUCACUAUCAUUCUCUGCCUGUCCACUCACACUGAGAGGCCUCUGUCUCCCUUGGUCUCUUCCUCUUUUGCACUCACUCCUUAUCUGUAUCUUUCUGUCUCUGUCACUCACCCACAUCCCCUCCCAUCCCCCAAAACAUAUGUCCAUACAUACAGCCCUGCUCCCUAGUUGUGGACAGACAGGCAGUGGCCAUGACACUGUAGAUCAGAUAAUUAAUUCAGCUGUGUUGGCCCAACUGUAGAGAAUAGAGGAGGAGUGGAGGUGUGUCUGGCCAGGCUGAGCAGAGCAGGCCUGCUCUCUCCUCUCCCUAAGCCCGGAACUCACUCUCCCAUCAAUAUCCCAUUAAUAUUGUACUUUGGAGAACUCGCACACAAACUCACCACAACUUGGCUUAGACAAAAGCAGACUCUGAGAGGGAUGAUGGGGGAGAGAAGGAUUAUGGGGGAGAGAGAGGAGAGAGAUGGGGAGAGAGAAUUAAGGAGAGCAAGAUGGGGGGAGAGAGGAAGGGAUAGAGGGAGAGCGAUAGCGAAACGGCAGUCUUUCCCUCCAGCUGGCAUCAUCUUCCCUACACCAACUAGUAGCUUGUGUUUAAUUGGCUCUGAAAGCCCGUUUCUGUGUUGUCAUGGCAUCAUGUUUCGCCUGCCUGUACACAUCUCUAAUAGCAUGAUCAUUUGCGUGUUAUGUCAUUGUCAAUAACACUGGUUAGUUGUGCUCUUAAUGAUGUAUUAUAUUUUGUUUUCCCUUGAUGGAUGAAAGUAUUUUUUUAGAAUUUUUUUUUUCCCGUUAAGGCGUUAAUACUUCCCAGCCGAAACAGUUCGGAACAGUUCGUGCCUAUAUUAUGACAACAUUUUGUGACGUUUUGGAUUUUUUCUCGAGGCAAGCCGAAGUCAGUAGCCAAAGUCUACGCCCCCUCAUCGGCGAUUGGUCAACAGUAGGAAUUCUUAAAUGAAGUGCCUGUUGUCAUUCAACGAGAGACGACUUGUCCUCAUGCAAAAUAAAAAUAUGUUAAAUUGCGCGACUAAGAUCUCCUUGGCAAAAACGUCAAAAUUAAUGACAGAUUUCUUGAAUUAUCUUAGAUUAAUUCACACUAUUUUGAGGAAGUGUAUACUGGCUACGGUGUCUUAAAAUGGACAAACAGUACUAUUGCUGCUUUUUUCUCGUUUUUCAAGCGAAGGUCUUUUAAGGGAGUAUGCGAGCACAACUCGGCUAGGCUGCAUCACACUGUACUAAUGUUGUGGAAAUGUUUCUGGUAGCUCUGUUGGACAAUGAUCAAUACAGUCAGUUGUGUGUGUGUGUGCACAUGCUGUACGUGUGUAAAACAGAAAGAGGUGUGUGUAUUCUUCCACUACCCUCCUCCUGCACAUACCCUCCCAUCCUCAUCCCUCAUCCUGUACUGUUCCCUCAUUCAACAUGCUGACGUCACCCACGUCCAUCCUCUACUCCACCUUUUUCUCUCUCGCUCUCUCCCACCCAUCUUUAUUUCCCCUUUUCUAUUCUGUUCUAUUCGUCUUCAGCAUCUGAGGACUAUUCUUCAGAACUCUGAGACACAACCUUUGCCUUGUGUAGCAUGCAAACAAAGCUCAUUCAAACUCUGAGCAUUUUCUCCAGCACAAUGGUUCCCCCUGCUGACAGCAGAAAGUCAUACAGUAACAUGAUGGAUAAGACUAACAUUGACGUCUGUCCUCCUCCCCACAGCCUUUCAUGUCCCCACGGUACCCAGGUGGACCUCGCCCCUCACUCCGCAUGCCAAAUCAGGUAAGGUACCUCUACUAGAAGUAUGAAGUCUUACAUGUGAGUAGUACAUUUUCAGGGAGUUGAAUACUCUGUGCUAAUGUUCCUCUCUCUCUCUUGCCCUUCGUCUCUCAGCCCCCUGUGGGAGUCCCAGGGUCACAGCCACUCCUGCCAAACAGCCUGGACCCCACCAGACCACAGGGUAAACACCUCACACUUCUAUUCAUUUUGUAACAUGCAAUAUCCUAUUAGCUUAAAGCUGGAAUCCGUACUUGGUGAAACUGCCACAAUGAACACAGUUUUUCUUUACAUCGGACAUCAUUGCUUUCGUGAUAGAACAGCAGGGUAUGUACUGAUAUCCAUGAGUUCAUCUGCCUCUGGGUAGAAAAACGCCUUAACCGCCUAGAGUCGAUUGACGCAACGCGACGUACUUCUGCAUCUGCGGUAAAAGGCGGCAGAGCUAGAGCGGUGUUUGUCAGACCAUGAGGCAUCCGAAAAUCGGUCUUCUCACGAAAACGUCUGUAGCGUUCGAACGGUUUGGCCUAGAAACCAUUACCAUUCUAUGAAAAGGGGUUACUCUCAUGAUGGUGUUCUCCGUUUUGCUCUACGACCCCCACAAGUGUCAGGGGACUCGUCUGAAGUCAGUACCGUCGAUGUGCCAACUUCUGUUUGUAGCAUCCGAACCGUUUGGGCUACAAACUAAUGUGACCCCACUGUUGAAAGGGGAGAUUAUCACGAACACGAUGGUGUUCUCCAAGUGUCACAGGACUCGUCUGAAGAUAACCGGUACCGGUUUAAAAAAAUGAAUGGAAGUAUGAAGGUAGUUUUGUGCCUACCCCAUAAAAUGGGUUAAAUACAGGGGUUAAUUUCCAGAAUCCCACAGUAUCCCUUUAAAGGUGCAAUAUGCCGAAAUCGCUCUGCCAUUUCCUGGUUGCUAAAAUGCUAAUAGUUUCUGUGACAAAACAAGCAAUCAUUGUACCAUCUAAAUCGCUGUGAGAUCUUUUCAAUAACCAAAAAUGUGUAUUUUCAGCUGUUUGAAGCUGGUGUACAAAACCGAAAGUAAAAGACGCAAAAACGAAACUUAAGAACAGGAAGCAUAGAAAUUGCGCAAAUAGAACAGAUCUACUGCUUCUUAGACUUGCUUUCAAUGAGAAUGACAGAUCUAUAACUCAUAUUGCAGCUUUAAGGAUAUGUGCUUGUAGAAUGUAUUUGGUCUGAAAUUGUCCCAUGCUGACGGACUUCCUCUCGAUCAUCCCUCCUCCAGGACAUCCAAACAUGGGCGGCCCGAUGCGGAUGAAUCCCCCCAGAGGGAUGGGUGGCAUGGGCCCACAGGUACAGACAGACACCAUCACUCCCCCUAAACUCUGCUGCUCCACCCCUCUAUCCAUGAUCCCCAUGUCCCUUUACAGCAUAUCACACUGAACAUACAAGGUUUCUUUCAUCGCUACUUAAUUCCCUGAUGUCAGUCUCAUCCUACAGUAUAUAUAUCUGAAAAAGCUCAAUGAAAAAUGUAUAACCACAAAUACACUAUUUUUACAAAAGUAUGUGUACAACCCUUCAAAUUAGUGGAUUCGGCUAUUUCAGCCACACCCGUUGCUGACAGGUGUAUAAAAUUGAGCACACAGCCAUGCAAUCUCCAUAGACAAAUAUUGGCAGUAGAAUGGCCUUACUGAAGAGCUCAGUGACUUUCAAUGUGGCACCGUCAUAUGAUGCCACCUUUCCAAAAAGUCAGUUCAUCAAAUUUCUGCCCUGCUAGAGCUGCCCAGGUCAACUGUAAGUGCUGUUAUUGUAAAGUGGAAAAGUCUAGGAGCAACAACGGCUCAGCCGCGAGGUGGUAGGGCACACAAGCUCACAGAAGGGACCGCUGAAGCGCGUAGCGUGUAAAAAUAAUCUGUCCAAGGUUGCAACACUCACUACCGAGUUCCAAACUGCCUUUGGAAGCAAUGUCAGUUCGUUGGGAACUUCAUGAAAUGGGUUUCCAUGGCCGAGCAGCCGCCCCACACAAGCCAAAGAUCACCAUGAGCAAUGGCAAGCGUCGGCUGGAGUGGUGUAAAGCUCGCCGCCAUUGGACUCUGGAGCAGUGGAAACGCGUUCUCUGGAGUGAUCAUGCUUCACCAUCUGGCAGUCUGAAGGACAAAUCUGGGUUUGGCGGAUGCCAGGAGAACGCUACUUGCCCGAAUGCAUAGUGCCAACUGUAAAGUUUGGUGGAGGAGGAAUAAUGGUCUGGGGCUGUUUUUCAUGGUUCGGUCUAGGCCCCUUAGUUCCAGUGAAGGGAAAACUUAACGCUACAGCAUACAAUGACAUUCUAGAUGAUUCUGUGCUUCCAACUUUGUGGCAACAGUUUGGGGAAGGCCCUUUCCUGUUUCAGCAUGACAAUACCCCCAUGCACAAAGCAAGGUCAGAAAUGGUUUGUCGACAUCGGUGUGGAUGGAAGAACUUGACUGGCCUGCACAGAGCCCUGACCUCAACGCCUUCGAACACCUUUGGGAUGAAUUGGAACGCCGACUGCGAGCCAGGCCUAAUCGCCCUACAUCAGUGCCCGACCUCACUAAUGCUCUUGUGGCUGAAUGGAAGCAAGUACCCGCAGCAAUGUUCCAACAUCUAGUGGAAAGCCUUCUCAGAAGAGUGGAGGCUGUUAUAGCAGCAAUGGGGGGACCAACUCCAUAUUAAUGGCAAUUAUUUUGGAAUGAGAUGUUCGACAAGCAGCUGUCCACAUACUUUUGGUAGUGUAAGUGCUAAGUGGCAUACCAAAUCCAGGUCCAGACACCUUGAUGAAGGCCAAAACGCGUUGGUGUAUUUUAAUAAUUAACUAGCCCACACAUUAAAGGCUUUUUAACUUGCAAACCCACACGAGUGCCUGGACUUUUGUGGUUAUAGUUUCUCCUUUUGCUUUUCUAGUAUUGUUCCCCUCCAAGAUCACCUGUUGUUGUUUUGGAAUACCUGAAGCGCUCUUGCUACUUAUUUUUCUUCAACUAUUUCUAUCUGCUUUGUCUCAAAGCAAGCCCGACAUCAUACCCCUCAAGUAGCACCCCUCUCCUUGUUAAGUAUAAAUCCACAGUCUACUUUCCAAUCACCAAGUCAGUUUGAGCGCCAUGUGCCCCCUGUCCCUCCCUGCUUCCCUCACUGUGUAACUUUGGCAGACAACAAUUCAGCAGCUUGUGCGACAUCUGCUCGACCAGUGUAAUCAUCUGCUGAACAAAACUCUACGUCUGAGUGGAGCUGCUCUGUGUCCUGCCCCACGCUGCCGUCCUGCCAAGCCCCCACUGUGCAGCCAUCACAACACACACACACACACACACACAUAUAUAUAUAUAUAUAUAUAUAUACUGCUCAAAAAAAUAAAGGGAACACUUAAACAACACAAUGUAACUCCAAGUCAAUCACACUUCUGUGAAAUCAAACUGUCCACUUAGGAAGCAACAGACAACAGGUGGAAAUUAUAGGCAAUUAGCAAGACACCCCCAAUAAAGGACUGGUUUUGCAGGUGGUGACCACAGACCACUUCUCAGUUCCUAUGCUUCCUGGCUGAUGUUUUGGUCACUUUUGAAUGCUGGCGGUGCUUUCACUCUAGUGGUAGCAUGAGACGGAGUCUACACCCCACACAAGUGGCUCAGGUAGAAGCAACCGGAUGCUCAUUCAAGGCGAGCGUAGAAGAGUUGGUAAUUAUGCUGUGUCAUAAAUGUAGAUAUGGUAGGGCUGGAGUAGAGGCUAGGCCAUACUCCAGGGGAAAGGGGGGGGGUGGAAAGUAAUAACAGAGUGUAAGUGUAUUAUUUAUGUGGGAUGAUGUAUGUUGUAUGUAGUAGUAUUUAGAUGUUGUAUGUAUGUGUGUAGUUGUAUGCUAUAUUAUAUUAUAUGUAUGUAUGUGUGUAUACAGUGGGGAAAAAAAGUAUUUAGUCAGCCACCAAUUGUGCAAGUUCUCCCACUUAAAAAGAUGAGAGAGGCCUGUAAUUUUCAUCAUAGGUACACGUCAACUAUGACAGACAAAAUGAGAAAAGAAAUUCCAGAAAAUCACAUUGUAGGAUUUUUUAUGAAUUUAUUUGCAAAUUAUGGUGGAAAAUAAGUAUUUGGUCAAUAACAAAAGUUUCUCAAUACUUUGUUGUAUGCCCUUUGUUGGCAAUGACACAGGUCAAACGUUUUCUGUAAGUCUUCACAAGGUUUUCACACACUGUUGCUGGUAUUUUGGCCCAUUCCUCCAUGCAGAUCUCCUCUAGAGCAGUGAUGUUUUGGGGCUGUCGCUGGGCAACACGGAUUUUCAACUCCCUCCAAAGAUUUUCUAUGGGGUUGAGAUCUGGAGACUGGCUAGGCCACUCUAGGACCUUGAAAUGCUUCUUAAGAAGCCACUCCUUCGUUGCCCGGGCGGUGUGUUUGGGAUCAUUGUCAUGCUGAAAGACCCAGCCACGUUUCAUCUUCAAUGCCCUUGCUGAUGGAAGGAGGUUUUCACUCAAAAUCUCACGAUACAUGGCCCCAUUCAUUCUUUCCUUUACACGGAUCAGUCGUCCUGGUCCCUUUGCAGAAAAACAGCCCCAAAGCAUGAUGUUUCCACCCCCAUGCUUCACAGUAGGUAUGGUGUUCUUUGGAUGCAACUCAGCAUUCUUUGUCCUCCAAACACGACGAGUUGAGUUUUUACCAAAAAGUUAUAUUUUGGUUUCAUCUGACCAUAUGACAUUCUCCCAAUCCUCUUCUGGAUCAUCCAAAUGCACUCUAGCAAACUUCAGAUGGGCCUGGACAUGUACUGGCUUAAGCAGGGGGACACAGCAGGAUUUGAGUCCCUGGAGGCGUAGUGUGUUACUGAUGGUAGGCUUUGUUACUUUGGUCCCAGCUCUCUGCAGGUCAUUCACUAGGUCCCCCCGUGUGGUUCUGGGAUUUUUGCUCACCGUUCUUGUGAUCAUUUUGACCCCACGGGGUGAGAUCUUGCGUGGAGCCCCAGAUCGAGGGAGAUUAUCAGUGGUAUUGUAUGUCUUCCAUUUCAUAAUAAUUGCUCCCACAGUUGAUUUCUUCAAACCAAGCUGCUUACCUAUUGCAGAUUCAGUCUUCCCAGCCUGGUGCAGGUCUACAAUUUUGUUUCUGGUGUCCUUAGACAGCUCUUUGGUCUUUCCAUAGUGGAGUUUGGAGUGUGACUGUUUGAGGUUGUGGACAGGUGUCUUUUAUACUGAUAACAAGUUCAAACAGGUGCCAUUAAUACAGGUAACGAGUGGAGGACAGAGGAGCCUCUUAAAGAAGAAGUUACAGGUCUGUGAGAGCCAGAAAUCUUGCUUGUUUGUAGGUGACCAAAUACUUAUUUUCCACCAUCAUUUGCAAAUAAAUUCAUAAAAAAUCCUACAAUGUGAUUUUCUGGAUUUUAUUUUCUCAAUUUGUCUGUCAUAGUUGACGUGUACCUAUGAUGAAAAUUACAGGCCUCUCUCAUCUUUUUAAGUGGGAGAACUUGCACAAUUGGUGGCUGACUAAAUACUUUUUUUCCCCACUGUAUAUGUUUGGCGGUGGGUCAGUCAUGGUGUGGGAUGGCAUUUCUUUGGGGUGCCGCACAGCCCUCCAUGUGCUCGCCAAAGGUAGCCUGACUGCCAUUAGGUACCGAGAUGAGAUCCUCAGACCCCUUGUGAGACCAUAUGCUGGUGCGGUUGGCCCUGGGUUCCUCCUAAUGCAAGACAAUGCUAGACCUCAUGUGGCUGGAGUGUGUCAGCAGAUCCUGCAAGAGGAAGGCAUUGAUGCUAUGGACUGGCCCGCCCGUUCCCCAGACCUGAAUCCAAUUAAGCACAUCUGGGACAUCAUGUCUCGCUCCAUCCACCAACGCCACGUUGCACCACAGACUGUCCAGGAGUUGGCAGAUGCUUUAGUCCAAGUCUGGGAGGAGAUCCCUCAUGAGACCAUCCGCCACCUCAUCAGGAGCAUGCCCAGGCAUUGUAGGGCGGUCAUACAGGCACGUGGAGGCCACACACACUACUGAGCCUCAUUUUGACUUGUUUUAAGGACAUUACAUCAAAGUUGGAUCAGCCUGUAGUGUGGUUUUCCACUUUAAUUUUGAGGGUGACUCCAAAUCCAGACCUCCAUGGGUUGAUACAUUUGAUUUCCAUUGAUCAUUUUUGUGUGAUUUUGUUGUCAGCACAUUCAACUAUGUAAAGAAAAAAGUAUUUAAUAAGAUUAUUUAAUUCAUUCAGAUCUAGGAUGUGUUAUUUUAGUGUUCCCUUUUAUUUUUUUGAGCAGUGUACAUACACACACACACCACAUAUUCAGACACACAUGCCCCUGUUAUCAUUAUACACAUACAUUGCUGAUCAGGAUCGAGUCAUUAAAAACUGGCAUCUGUCUUAAAUACAACAAAUGAGAGAGUGAUCCCUGGCAUGUAUUGUCCUCAGUAGUACCAAGGGUUGAUGCUGUGUGUUCCUCUCUCUGUGUAGAAUUAUGGUGGUGGAAUGAGGCCUCCUCCCAACUCCAUGGGGCCAGGAAUGCCAGGAAUGAACAUGUGAGUACAGUCAUUCUCCAAAGGCAUUUAAUCACCUCAUCUACUUACUAUUUUUUUUAAAUGAUCCAGAUAUCUGAAUUACUAUUGGAAUUGCUAUUAAUAGCACUGAUAGGAUGUAAGAAUAUUUGACAAGUAACAAUUUGAGCAAAUACAAGCUCUAAUUUGUUCUGCAGUGAGCCUCUCUCACACAGCCUAUUUUCUUCCCCUCUCUCUGUCUUAGGGGUCCUGGAGGUCGAGGUCCCUGGCCCAAUCCCAACGCAAACUCAGUAAGUCCUGCUCACUCACCUUCUCACUCACUCUAAUGCCUCAUUUAUUUUAGAGGUAAUUCUUUGUUGUGAAAGUCAUGAGUUUACUGAUUCUGUCCCCUUUCUGUUCUCUCUCUAUAGAUAGCCUAUUCCUCGUCAUCUCCUGGCAACUAUGUGGUAAGUCUCAAGCCUAAACACUGAUUAGUAUUGUUAGCCAUAGCUGACAUCUGACUGGCAUGCUACUGUAUACAGUGCCUUCUGAAAGUAUUCACACCCCUUGACUUUUUCCACAUUUUGUUGUGUUACAGCCUGAAUUUAAAACAGAUUAAAUUGAGAUUGUGUGUCACUGACCUACACACAAUACCCCAUAAUGUCUUCAUUAAAAAUGAAAAGCAGAAAAGUCUGUAGUCAAUAAGUAUUGAAAUUGAGUAAAUAUGUGUUUAACAAGUUGCAUGGUCUCACACUGUGUGCAAUAAUAAUGUUUAAUGUGAUUUUUGAAUGAGUACCUCAUCUCUGUACCCCACAUAUGUACAAUUAUCUGUAAGGUCCCUCAGUCGAGCAGUGCAUUUCAAACACAGAUUCAACCAAAGGCCAGGGAGGUUUUCCAAUGCCACGCAAAGAAUGGUACAUAUUGCUAGAUGGGUAAAGAAGAAAAGAAAAGCAGACAUGGAAUAUCCCUUUGAGCAUGGUGAAGUUAUUAGUUAUGCUUUGGAUGGUGUAUCAAUACACCCAGACACUACAAAGAUGCAGGCGUCCUUCCUAACUCAGUUGCCGGAGAGGAAUGACAGAGUUACAGAGUUUAAUGGCUGUGAUAGGAGAAAACUGAGGAUGGAUCAACAACAUUGUAGUUACUCCACAAUACUAACCUAAUUGACAGAGUGAAAAGAAGGAAGCCUGUACAGAAUAAAAAUAUUCCAAAACAUGCAUCCUGUUUGCAAUAAGGCAUUAAAGUAAAACUGCAAUAAAUGUGGCAAAGAAAUUAACUUUAUGUCCUGAAUGCAAAGCGUUAUGUUUGGGGCAAAUCCAACACAACACAACACAUCACUGAGUACCACUCUUCAUAUUUUCAAGUAUGGUGGUGGCAGCAUCUUGUUAUGGGUAGGAGUUUUUUAGGAUAAAAAUUAACUGAAUAGAGCUAAGCACAGGAAAGAUCCUAGAGGAAAACCUGGUUCAGUCUGCUUUCCAACAGAGACUGGGAGACAAAUUCACCUUUCAGCAGGACAAUAACCUAAAACACAAGGCCAAAUAUACACUGGAGUUGCUUACCAAGACAACAUUGAAUGUUCCUGAGUGGCCUAGUUACAGUUUUGAGUUAAAUCGGCUUGGAAAUCUAUGGCAAGACUUGAAAAUGGCUGUCUAGCAAUGAUCAACAACCAACUUGACAAAAGUUAAACAUUUUUAAAAAGAAUAAUGUGCAAUUAUUGUACAAUCCAGGUGUGCAAAGCUCAUAGCGACUUACCCAGAAAGACUCACAGCUGUAAUCGCUGUCGAAGGUGAUUCUAAUAUGUAUUAACUCAGGGAGUUUUAGUACUUACAGUGGGGGAAAAAAGUAUUUAGUCAGCCACUAAUUGUGCAAGUUCUCCCACUUAAAAAGAUGAGAGAGGCCUGUAAUUUUCGUGUCUUUUAUACUGAUAACAAGUUAAAACCGGUGCCAUUAAUACAGGUAACGAGUGGAGGACAGAGGAGCCUCUUAAAGAAGAAGUUACAGGUCUGUGAGAGCCAGAAAUCUUGCUUGUUUGUAGGUGACCAAAUACUUAUUUUCCACCAUAAUUUGCAAAUAAAUUCAUAAAAAAUCCUACAAUGUGAUUUUCUGGAUUUUCUUUUCUCAUUUUGUCUGUCAUAGUUGACGUGUACUUAUGAGGAAAAUUACAGGCCUCUCAUCUUUUUAAGUGGGAGAACUUGCACAAUUGGUGGCUGACUAAAUACUUUUUUUCCCCGCUGUAUAUAAUCAAGAUAUAUUAGGGUUUUAUUUUUCAUACACUUUUUUACAAAUUUGACAUUUCAGAGUAUUUUGUGUAGAUCCUUGACAAUUAAAAUCAAUUUUAAUCCCACCUUGUAACAUCACAAAAUGUGGAAAAAGUUGAGGGAUGUGAAUACUUUCUGGAGGCAAUGUAUGUCUAGAUGUUUUGGAAAUAUAUUUUCUCUAAAUCUCGCUCUCCUCCUCUCGUCUUUCUCCCAGGGUCCUCCAGGGGGCGGAGGCCCACCAGGAACUCCCAUCAUGCCUAGCCCAGGAGGUACGCGCACUUAUUUGUCUCCAUAUCACUCCUCAAUCUAUUUAAGCUGUUUGUUUCAUUCACCAUUCUGCUGUCACAGUCACACUUGGUGACUUUGUUUACCUAAUGAUUUUUUAUCUUAAAUAGUCUUAGCUUGUUAUGUGGAUAGCUACAUACUGGACGUGUAUAACUUGGCAGACUACUGAGCUGCGAUCAUCUGUUGUUCUCACCAAUGCUGCAUCAGUCUGUUCCUGUUGACAGUACAGUCAGAACAAACUGCUCUGGACCAACAUCCUGUGGAUGUGCUGUUUCUGUUGGGAUGUGGAGAGGUUUCUUUUUGCGUCCACUAUUUAUUAUUUACAUACACCUCUAUUGUGACGCGUUGCCUGGGCAACAUGUGCACAGCGCUCCUCACAUGUUUUUCCACUCCAUUCGCCAAGACAACCCCCCCCCCCCCCACACACACACCACCAUCCCCCAUCCCCCAUCCCCACAUACAUACACACACACACACACACACACUAACACACCCAGUCACGACUGCACAUACUACACCCAGGGCCACAACCAGGCGACAAACCCCACACUCCCUACCUCUUUCUGUUUAUUUUUCUCCCUACUCUGACCACACUACAAUGUCAGAUCAAGGUCACUUCUAUUCUCAUAUUCUAUUUAGGAUAGAGACACAAUGAGAGUAACAUUAGGUGCUGGUUCUGUUUACUUUCCACUGGCUCUGUAGUCAUCAGGAUGUAACCCCAUGUUCAUGGAAACAUGAGAUAUGAAAAAUGUGAGACAUUAGGCUUUCACAUUCCAUGUGGGUAGAUGAAUUAUAACCUGCAUGUUUAGGUGUGAAUCAUUGUCAUGUUUUGGUGGUUUUGUAGUGUUCAAUCUCAAGGCUGUCCAUUCAUGUGGCUGAAGGCAAUACAGAACUGUGUAGUUCUGCUCAAAUAUACUGUAGGCUGGACUAAGUGUUGUUUUCUUCUCUCCAGACUCCACAAAUUCCAGUGAAAACAUCUACACAAUGAUGAAUCCUAUUGGCCCUGGUGGUAACAGACCUAAUGUAAGUAGGCUCUUUGUUUUUCAUGGGGUUCCUGUUUUCAAAUGGGUAGAGGCAAUGAUUAUGCAAUUUGAUAUGAUAAUGACAAAGAUCAUUAAGUUGUAACUCUGUUUUUUGUGGGGGGGUUUUACAGUUCACAAUGGGGCCGGGCCCUGAUGGCCCAAUGGGUGGAAUGGGAAGCAUGGAGCCACACCAUAUGAACGGAUCGCUAGGUGAGUUUCAAUAGCAGCUAUCAGCUGAUCAAUAUGAUAAUAUCUGUCAGCAGCAUGUAGAACUGUUACCUGGAAUUUAUUAAGCCAUUCUGACAAACAUUAACAUUUACAUUUCUAAAACUUUUAUAUAAAUAUUAGGCAGUAAUUUAGAACUACUGUACAAUAGUAAUGUGGUCAUCCGGCUUGAAUUGUUGAAAUCCGGUAGCUGAGUUCUGUGAGAAAUAGCACUUUACUAGUGUGACUAUACCCCCUUGUGGACAGCAUAGGGAUCGUUCCUUUCAUAGUAUUGAUUUGAAGUGGAAGCAGAUUAUAUGGGCAGCAAGCAGGCACAUUGAUUUUGUAGGCAGGUGAGACGUGAUCAAUGAAGCCAAUGAAGUUGGGUCUCAUCUGUAUUUGAAACAAAUAACUUAAUUAAAGCAUAUGACCUGUGUUAAGAGCUGAAUGUGAUCCCCGGCCGGAGGAGCAGUUGAGCAUAGCUUUAUACUGAUGAGCUUUUCUCUCAUGUCAAUCUCUCUCUUGUUGUUUUCAGGCUCUGGUGACAUGGAUGGGUUGCCAAAGGUGAGACUUUAAAGACUCCACACCAGAUAAACUUGCAUUCAUUUCAAUGCAGACCCAUCUAAAGUUUAUUGAAGGCACUUCUAAUACUGACGACUUGGUUUGGAUACAAAGCAGACAGAAAUUAAAUAAUGGCACUUUUUAAUGAAACAUCCAGUCACUAGAAAUGGCAGAUGAGAAUGGGGAGGCCUAAAUCUAGAUGUCUUUCCCUCUUGGUGUAGAAUUCUCCCAACAACAUGGCAGUCAUGAACAACCCUCCGGGAACUCCGCGGGAUGAUGGGGAGAUGGCUGGCAACUUUUUAAACCCAUUCCAAAGUGAAAGUGUGAGUACUCUACAGCGCUACAGUCCUUCUCUUCACUAACCCGCAACCAUCAGGCAGUUUGCUUCAGUGAAGAAAUUCUCAUCUCACUGCUGACUUUAUUCCUGUAUCCUAAACACUUUCCCUUCAGGCUUUACCUUAGUUUGUCGAAAUUAGAUUUGUUUUAUAAUGUCAACGUAGAAAAUAUGUAUAAUUCUUACCUGGCUGUCUCGUAAAGCAGUCUGCUUGUUAUGCAUGAUAACAAACUUAUACAUUGAGUUUCUUAUUGCUUGCAUGUUGAAUUGUGUAGCAUCAUAUGUGUAAUAUAGCAUUGGCUCAUCUAUUUCCCCCCUUCCCUUCUUUUCUCUUUGCAGUAUUCACCCAACAUGACGAUGAGUGUGUGAUUUCUUUUUUAUUUUUUAUUUUAUUUCUUUUAUCUCUCCCCCUUUCCCUCCCACCCCGCUGCAUCUUGCGUUGCCCUCUCCUCCCCUCUCCCUCCCCCUGACUCUCCCUCCUCCUCCCCCCUGGAUGGCAUGCUGUGUUUCGCAGCCCCCCGGGAUGUCACUGAAGCGCAGGAUUCCCAUCAAGGCCACCCAUCCCAGUGUGUGCAAAGUGGGGGUUCAGGGCAGGAAACAGUCUCAGAGCCACAGGAAGAGCCAACUCAGUGAUUCUCCCUGUCUGCCUGGCUUCCUCACAGGCCCAGGA